UCACCCAUGCUUACGUCUGGGACAGCAGUUCCGCAUUCCUCAGCCCUCACACACUGGAUCGCUACUUAAACGGGCUGAUGCAACGACUCCGGCUAGUCCCACAACCUACAUCCGACUCCCGCACCGGCCCACGACUCCCGCGGAUCUUUUCGGGCGCCAGACAGCGUCCAGACCCAGUUGCAUCAUUGACAGAAGACGACUGACAGGUUUUCUCUGACGGCGGUGGUGGCCGGGUCGGACAUGAUGCCGGGACAGAUACCGGACCCUUCGAUGGCGGCGGGCUCCCUGCCGAGCCUGGGCCCGCUGGCGGGCAUCUCGGCCACCACGCUCACGGAUCAGCUCAAGCUGGCUGACUUCCGCCAACUGGGCACCAUGUUGUCCCCGCUGCACUUCCUGGGGAGGCUGGGGAAGAGGCCGCUGGCCAUCAAGACAGAGAUGGACGAAGAUGAGGACAGGAGGAAACGAAGACGAGAGAAAAACAAAGUAGCAGCAGCGCGAUGCAGAAACAAAAAGAAGGAACGGACUGACUUCCUUCAAAGGGAAUCGGAGCGUCUGGAAAUGGUGAACUCGGACCUGAAGGCCCAGAUCGAGGAGCUCCGACUGGAGAGGCAGCAGCUGAUGGUGAUGCUCAACCUCCACCGGCCCACUUGCAUCGUGAGGACCGACAGCGUCAAGACACCCGAGAGCGAGGCCAACCCUCUGCUGGAGCAGCUGUCCACUGACACAAAGUGAAACCCAGGGAAACCCAGGGACACAGUCCCUGAAACCCAACCUGGCACCACCGUGGCAGCCAUUAAAAUGAAAAUUUAACUGGCAAUACAUUUCUAGAUAAGCACUUGAGCUCCGAGCUGGAGACUUUUGGAGACUCUGCCCGAGGACCUGGGGUUGUAGGGCAUCCUCAGUACUGCUACAAGAGCUGGCUCUGUCCACCGGAAGACUGGAAGUACCCAGUUUCAUCUCCGCAUUAAGAGUUGUUUUAACACUUAAUGCACUGUGCCUAGUAGUUACUUCAACCAUCUCUACAUAAAGGGACCAACGUAAAACAAGAAAAUACAACUAGAAACAACACUGAGGAAACACACUAGUAUCAAUAUGGUGCUCUGUUACAAAAGCCCUGAGUGAACUGUGUGGCGUUGAUUCAGCGCAGAGGCCCACAGAGGCUUACAGUUCUGCAAUUUUCCUUUGUAUGCUAGACAAAAUAUACAGGUGUAGAGUUCUUUUUUAGGAUACAGUACGCAAUACAAGUACACCAGAUAGAGUGGAGGAUUUUUUUUGUUGUUGUUUUUGUAAUGUUGAUUUCUAUACCCUGCCUUGACGACGGCAGAUACCGGUUGAUCCGAUUUUGUGGUGACGCUGGCGUCAUGAAAAGCACAUAUACAUAAAAUGUUUACACCCUUGUUGUUUUUUUGGACCCAUUGUCUGUCCAUUAUUGUAUGUGUUUUAUACUGCUUUGUAUACAUAAACAUAUAUGAAAUGCUUGUUAAUCACUUGACGUGAUUUGUCUUUUCGAUCUUUCCAGUCUGCCUCUGUCAAGUUGUGCUGUCAAACAGCUGUGAAAACAAGCAGAGAUCUUUUCAGAUGAGCAGUGUUUCGAUGUCUGUUCUGGACCUGUAUCUGCUAUGUACGACUCUGUUUAUCAUGAAUAGAUUAAAUUUUAUUUUCUAACUACGACAAAGAA